ACGAUGGGAGCUUUAUAGAGAUAAAGAGAAGUGAAAGAAAGAGAACAAGAGAACAGCUUAAGCAGAUUAGAAAAAAAUUUGUAAUAAAAAUGUUUGACCGGAGUAUUUUCACAUUGUUUUUCAUUGGGUUCUUGUUAUUUGAUAUUUCUUACAUCGAUGGAGGUCCUAUAGCUCCGCUUCCACCAGCACUACCCAAAAUCCUAAGAACUUGCUCUUGUGCUAAAAAUGAUGAACAAUCAAGUAAAUUCAUACCGGUGAAAUCUCCUCUUUCACUUCCAAAACUUGUAGUUAAGCACUCCGAUAAACCCAAAACUUCAUUAAAAAGUGUCAAUUUGGUCCAACAACACUCUACAGAGCUUCCAGUGUCCAAACUUGAUGAACUUCUAUCUAUCGGUUUUCCCAUAGCAGAAAAUGCGGAAGCAAAUAAAGGCAAAUGACCUCAAGUAUAAAAAUAUUCAUAAUUGAACUUGAACUUUGAAAACGUAUACUUACAUGGUGUUUUAAAAUAUGAAUAUCACAUUUUUGACCGAACAGUCUAUGAACUAAUUUUGUGAGUCAUCAACAUUUUCAUAUUAUUAUUUUCAGUGUAAUAAAAUUUUGGGUCUCAAAUUGAGUUUCAAUAUAAGUUCAAAUAUUGCUUGACGACAAUUCCUUAGAAACA